GUAGCUGCUUACCUCCGAGUUCUCUUGGACUUCUGAGACUAAUGCUGUGACAUCGCAAUGCCUGUGGGUCCAUACGACCAGGACAGUUUUUAUCAGAACACCCCGAUCCACACCCCAGAUAGAACGCUAGGCAAUGAAUCCUCCUCAAGUCUACUCAAGUCUGUAAAGGCUCAGGAAGUCCAGUUUAAAAGAAUAACUCAGGAAUUACAAGCUGAGAGAAAGAAUCUACAGUACCAGGGAAGUCCGGGUAACAUGACUAGUUUUAACACAACAGAAGACUCCCUGCCCUGGCAAAGCCCCCACUAUCUGGCUGACUCUAGAAUACAGGAUGACAGUUUUGUGUCACCAAAAAUGAAUUCCCAUCUCUUGGAUUCUUGUAUGAGAGAAUUAGAAGAUAGAGGUACUUUUGGAAACGAUAAUAUGGAUUUUGAUAAUUAUGCACAUGACAGUUACGGGGGUCAUGACCCUGGAAUGUACAGCAGUGACCCUUAUGGACAAAGGUAUUCUCCACACCUCCCUAAUGGUGGUCAGUAUUACCAUGAUGACAGAUCCCCCCACGGAUCACGAGUAUCCCUCCAAAGCGGGGGUAGUCACAGGAACCCCUCCAGAAUGGACAAGUCUCCAGGCUCGUUAGGGUCCCUCCACAGACAAGAGCUGCCCCACGAUAACUACGCCUCAUACUCCUCCCUGUCCAGGCAGCAGUACAGCGAGGACCCUCAGGGAUCACCCCGAAGCCCGGCCACCCCCACAAGGUUUAACGGCUAUCAGGAACCGCCCUACGGUAGCGGGGGCCGCUACAGUGUGGCGUCUAAUGAUAGCUUACACCAAGCUGAUCCAUACAGUGUAUACAAUCCUAGGGAUGCUCCUCCAAGAAGUAGAGGGAGUUAUGAUGAAUCUCCGCCUUAUAGCAGCAACCAAAACAUGAACCAAGACCCUCGUUACACUGGUCACCCAACCGACGAUCGCUAUGGAGACGCCCCUCCCAGGAGCCGGGGGAGCUACGAUGAAUCUCCCCCCUACAGCAGCAAUCAACUGAUUAACCAGGACCCCAGGUAUACAGGUCACCCAGCAGAUGAUCGCUAUGGUGAUCACCCUGGAAACGACCCCUACGGUGAUCAACCAAGUAAUGAUCGCUACGGAGACCCCCACAAUGACUCCCGUUAUAGUGACUCUUUCUACAGAGAUUCCCCAGACAGAAAUAACAUGUAUCCUAGAAACGGCCCUCCCCCGGACAAUUACCAUGACUACCCCCCAGAGGACAGUCGUUUCCAGGACCCCUCCUACACAGAUGAUAGAUACCCAGAGGAUUACAGGGAAUCUCCUGUCCCCAGGAACCAGGGUUACGGAGGGGAGGGGCCACCCGACGAUAGAUUCCAAAAUAUGUCUCUUAACGAUCCCCAUGGUAACUAUCCUCCAGACGACAGUUACCCUGGUGACCCCCAGAAUCAGAGCUUUGACCCCCGGGGUCCUGACGACCGGUACAGGGAGGAGCAGCCUACAUUUGGGGAUUACGAUGAUCAGCCCUACAGGAAACACGAGGGUCUCCCUCAGGUUCACAGUGAUCCAUUCGCUGACGAUCCGUUCCAACAACAACAGCAGAGAAGUCGUACUCCAACCUCAGUACACGACCAGUAUGAUUCUAACCCUGACCUGAGAUAUGUACCCCAGGAUGACCUUGACCCAUACAGUGGUCGUCAUGGUGAAUAUGCUCCAAUGUCAGCCCCCAAUUUGGAAUCACAUCCUGACUUUGAUCAUUCUAAUAUGAAUUCUAACCCUGACCUGAGAUAUGUCCCACAGGAUGACUUUGACCCCUGUGAUGGUCGUCAUGGUGAAUAUGCACCGAUGACACCACAAAAUUUGGAAUCACGUCCUGACUUUGAUCAUUCUAAUAUGAGUGGAUACAAUGACCAGCCCCCAGCCCGCUACGAUGAUCGCUAUAGUAACGAUGGUCGCGGAACGCCACAGAGAGGGAUGUACGACGACAACGUCCCGCGGUUAGAGGCCGGCCUUGUCAAUGCUCCGUCAAGGGAGCACUUCUCUGACGGCCGACGGACACCGUCAAUACAGGGAGAGGGAAAUAGCUGGCGACCUCCUGACCUACAGGAAGUGAUUGAUUACCUGAGUCACCCUAGCGAACAGGUCAAGGCCAAUGCUGCAGCCUACUUACAACAUCUGUGUUACACCGACCAGGAUAUCAAGGUCAAAACCAGGGGCUUAGACGGCAUCCCCCCACUAGUAGAACUGUUACACAGUGAUUACCCUGAGGUCCAGAAGAAUGCCUGUGGGGCCCUCAAAAAUCUGUCGUACGGUCGGGGACCGGCGGGGACUGAUAACAAGAAAGCAAUUGCCAAUGCUGGAGGAAUUACAGAGUUGAUACGUCUCAUACGUAAAACUCGGGAGGAAGAAAUCAAAGAACUGGUGACAGGCAUUUUGUGGAAUCUUUCGUCAUGUGAGGAGCUGAAGCCUAAGAUAAUUGCGGAGGGUUUACCAGAUAUCGUCGGCCACGUUAUUGUGCCGUACUCGGGCUGGGAACAAAGGAAGCUGAUGGCGUACGAACCCUGGACCACAGUGUACAAAAAUGCAACAGGCAUCAUCAGAAAUCUGAGUUCAGCGUUCAAAGACGAUGAAAUGAGAGGUUAUGACACAAGAAAUAAACUCCGAGAGAGCAGUCGAUUAGUGAACAGUUUAAUUCAUACUCUCAAAAUCUCAAGAGACCAACGAGAUCGUGAAAAUAAAAUUGUGGAGAACUGUAUGUGUGCGUUACGGAAUCUCUCAUUCAGAAUUCAGGAAGUGACGGAACAAGACUUUUAUAAAAAACGAACGGAAACGUUAAAGCGUCGACAGCAGCCAGACAAGGAAACCACAGGAUGUUUCGGAGGGGGUGGAAACAAAAAGAAGGGAACAGCGGCCAAAAAAGGCAAACCUGACAUGAAUCAAAAUGCGGAGAUACAUCUGCCGCCGGGGGCACAGGAAUUCCAGGCUCUGUGGCAGCAAGAGACUGUCACACUGUACCUAGAUAUACUGAAGGAGAGCUCCAACCCAGUGACAGUAGAGGCAGCAGUGGGGGCCAUACAGAACCUAACAGCCUGUUACUGGAAGUUUGCAGAUGAUGCUAGAGCUCUAGUGAGGAUAGAGAAAGGACUGCCCUCAUUGGUUGAUUUACUGGGUCAAGAUCGAGAUGACCUUGUGUGUCACUCCGCCCUUGCACUACGCAACUUAGCCAUACAGGCAGUGAUAUUUUGUAUUUUAGGUAAAUAUGCCCUGAAGCCAAUCAUCAACACCUUACCUCUGGAGAAACAGAAGGAGAAUGUCCCAGACAAAACGAUAUGUGCCGCAGUGGCUCUCCUUAUUGAACUACUGAAGAACAGUGUAGACUUCGCACAAAUGUUUGUGAGAGAAAAGGGCAUUCCUAGAUUAAAAUUUGUGAAAUUUGCUCCAGGAAAGUUUCAGAAGAAAACCAAAGACCAAGUUCAACGGCUUCUGGAGAAAUUGUGGGAGUUUAAGUCACUUCACGGGGAGUUGAUACAGAACGGUCUGACAGAACAGGAAGUCAAGGCCCCAGCCUCAGCCAGCAGACCACCUAACUCCGGGGCCCCCAGUACCACCCCCUACAGUACCAUGAGUCGGGGGAUGGAGAGCCAUGGUUAUGAUGACAACACACUGUCACCAGGGCGACCAAUCAACAAACCUUAUGCACCUGCUAAUGGAGGUUACCAUGGCAUGGUUCAAGGACACAGCAACCCUGCCAUGAAUGUAGAAGAACCUUACCCUUAUGAUGAUAGAAGAAGGGUGAGUUUUUCAUAGAAGUCAAAUAAU